AUGGCUUCCGACGGCCAGAAGCGCAGCCGCGUCUUCUUCGACAUCCAGAUCGGCAAGCAAGCUGCCGGCCGGGUCACCUUUGAGCUCUACAACGAUGUCGUCCCCAAGACGGCCGAAAACUUCCGCGCCCUCUGCACGGGUGAGAAGGGCAUUGGCAAGGCUGGCAAGCCCCUCCACUACAAGGGCAGCACCUUCCACAGGGUCAUCAAGCAGUUCAUGAUCCAGGGCGGCGACUUCACUGCCGGCGACGGCACCGGCGGCGAGAGCAUCUACGGCGCAAAGUUCGAGGACGAGAAUUUUGAGCUCAAGCACGAGAAGCCCUUUCUCCUCAGUAUGGCCAAUGCUGGUCCAGGCACCAACGGCUCACAAUUCUUCGUCACGACCGUCGCCACACCACACCUGGAUGGCAAGCACGUCGUCUUUGGCGAGGUCAAGAGCGGCAAGUCCAUCAUCCGACAGAUCGAGAACGUUCCGACCCAAAGUGGCGACAAGCCCGCACCGCACAAGGAAUGCGUCAUCGUCGACUGCGGCGAGCUUACCGGGGCCGAUGCCGACGCCGCCGACGUCAAGGCGCCAGACGCCUACGGCGACCCGUACGAGGACUACCCGGAGGACGAGGCCGAUGCGGAGCUCACUGCGACGAAAGUGGUCGAGAUCGCCACCAAGUGCAAGGAGUACGGCAACGCAGCUUUCAAGAAGGGCGACCUCGCUGGUGGGCUGGCCAAGUACCAGAAGGGCAUACGGUACCUGAACGAGGAGCCCGAGCUCAAGAACGCGCCUGAGGGCACUGACACCAAGCUCAACGGCCUGCGCUUCACGCUCAACAGCAACAGCGCACUGCUUUCCAUCAAGCUCGAGCAGUGGGAUGACGCCGAGCGGAGCGCCGCCUCGGCCCUCGCAGUGCCAGGCAUCACCGACGCAGAGAAGGCCAAGGCUCUGUACCGGAGAGGCGUCGCCUACGUCAAGCUCAAAGAUGAGGACUCGGCGCUGGCCGCCUUGCAGGAGGCCAACAAGCUUGUUCCUGGCGACGCGGCUAUUGUCAAGGAGCUCGAGACUGUGAAGAAGCAAGCUACAGCACGGGCAGCGAAGGAGAAGGCCGCGUACAAGAAGUUCUUUAGCUAA